AUGCAAAUACUACAAAAACUAAAUGAGAAUAUCAGUUAGUAUUCCCUGAAAGAAAAUGUUUUCUACAGGUUUUAAGAAAUGUUUGAUGAUGUAAGAAGCAGAUACCCAAAUAUAGGAACAUUUAUUCUUGUUGUAGAUUAGCAAAGUUUAAAACUGCUUUCUUCAGCACUUAAAAUGGCAGAUUUAAUAAAAAUGGGUGUUUCUUCAAUUGAAAAGCUGGAGUUAAAAAGAAAAGAACAUCCAAAUACGCAUGCCAUUUACUUACUUUCACCUAGUAAAGAAUCGAUAAGUCUACUUAUAUCUGACUUUGAGGGACAGGUUUUGUAACUUAAAAACACUGAUGAAAAGAAAAAGAAGAAAGCAUAGAAGCAAAAGGAAAAGGAAAAGAAGAAGAAGAAGAAAAAAGGUAAACAGGACGAUGAUGAUGAAGACGAAUAAGAAGAUGAUGAAGAUGAUGAUGAAGUUAUUGAAGAAAAUGAAGAAAGCAAAAAGAAGAGGAAACAAGAUGAAUUAGAACCUAAAAAACCAGAGAAAAAAAAGGAUUUGCAACCACCAGAAAUAUAAUAUGCUAGAGUUCAUAUUUUCUUUAUGAAUAAGCUACCAAAAUACUUGCUCGAAGAAAUGGGAAAGUCUGAAAAGUUAGUCAAAAGAAUUAGAACCAUGAAAGAAUUUAAUCAUUCUUUCUUUUUCUUCGAAUAAAACGGAUUUCAUCUACAUUUAGAGUAAUCUUUACCAAUUCUUUUUUCUAAGAAGGAAAGCUAAGAGGCAAGAAUAAUGUUUGAAUGCAUUUCUGAUCAAUUAUCUACAGUUCUACCUGCUCUAUUGAGGUUUGAUAAGAUAAAUAUAUUAUACAAUAACUAAAAUCAAAGCAGUCCAAGCUAUUUGUUUGCCAACUAUUUUGAAAAAAAAUUGCAGGAAAUGAUUUUGAAAUUGAAGGAAAGUGAGUCUCCAUACAUCGAUCCAACAUCAGGAGAGAUUUACUUGAUUAUAGUUGACAGAGGUAUAGAUCCCGUCACACCUCUUUUGCAUGAUUAUUCUUACUAGAGCAUGAUUUAUGAUUUAUUAGAAGUCGAUACAGAAAAAAAUAUAGUUGAGUAUGAAAAAAUAGAACUCAAAAAAGAAAACAAAGCAAGUGAAUCUACAAAAGAAGUAAAAAAAUAUAAAUAAUAGCUAAGUGAUCAUAAGGAUGAAGUUUUUGCAAAGUUUAGAUAUCAAAACAUCACUGAAGCUUUGAAAGGAAUCAGAGAUGAUUUUGAAAAACACACAGAAAAUAUGUAGAGAGCAAAGUCUUCUCAAAAUUAAGUUAGGAGUAUUGAAGAUGUUAACAAAAUUAUUGGAGAGUUUCCAGAAUACAAUGAACUUUUAUAAAAAUAUGCAGUGCAUUUUGACUUGAUUUUAAAAUGUUUCAAUACCUUUUAAAAAUAUAAUUUGCAAUUAAACUGUGAGCUUGAGUAAUCUAUGGUAACUGGAAUUGAUGAUCUUGCAAAACCUAUUAAAAGUGAUACUAUUAUUCAAAGUAUAUAAGAUAUAUUAAAUAGAAAAGAUAUAAAAAGCACAGAUAGACUUAGGAUAGCAAUGAUUGCUUUUAUAACAUGUGAUCUCCAAUAAGACUAAAGACAAAAAAUUUUAAAUCUAUUUGAAUUAAGUGAAUAAAAAUAAUUAAAAAACUUAGCAUGGCUUGGUAUCUAAUUUAGUGAUGAUAAAAAUUCUACUUUUAGUAGAGUUAAUUAACAAAUUAUAGAUUUAUCUAAGGAGUAGUAUAAUGCUUAUUUGAAUAAAUAAAAAAAUUGCUAAGAAUGUAAGAAAAUACGUGCAGAUGCAAAAAAAUCAAAGAAAGGAGGAAAUUCUGAAGAGGACUAAAAGCGAGAUUGUGAUGAAUGUGGUUAGUUGUAUUUCGUCUUUAGCGUUAUGAGGCACACUCCUCUAUCAGCUAUAGCUAUACAUUCUGCAAUCAAAUAAAUAAUUAAAUCAUACGAUGUUUCAAAGGAUGCAUUAAAUAGUUUAGGGUUUGGGAUAAAAUAAGUUGGAUAAGUUAAUAGACCUAUAUCUCCACUUAAAGAAUAGCCACUAUUGAAUGAAGAAAGUGAGAUGUAAUCUGAAAAUAAAUUGCAAUCAACAAAUUCAAGUAAACAAGUAAAAUCAUCUAAAAAGAAAGAUAAAGACAAAAAAAAAGACAAAGAAGAAUCUAAAUCAUAAAAAAAAGAAAAAGGUGAUUUGCAUUUACCCAAUGAAUAUGAAGCAUUUUUGUAAUAAUCAGAGAGUGAAGACUCAGAUGCUCUCAAAAAAAGUAAAAAAAUAAUUGCUUUCUUUAUUGGUGGAAUCAGUUAUGCAGAAAUUAGAGCUAUCAGAAAAUUCUAGGAUGAAUAUUAGAGUAAUCCAGUAAUAAUAGGAGCAACUCACUUGCUUACCCAUCGCAACUACAUAGAAGAGAUAGACCAAAUGUCAACUUUUGCUUGA